UUAUCAGAAAAAUUUUGUACUUAUUGAUUUUCUAAAUUCACCAAGUAUCUCUAAUAUUAUAGAAAAUAUAAAGUCUAAAGUUUGGAAAAUAGUUUGUCAAUAAACUUUACACAAAACUGAUAAUAUAAUCAAUUAUUAAAAUCAAGAUUAACUUUAUAAAGGUCGUGUGCGAUGGUCCGGAAGAUUUCCUGCGCGGCGCAGGUCUCCCGGAAAACUGCACCAGUUAUUCCAGUUCAUUGUUGAUAUCAGUUCCAGCUAGAUCCAAUACGGUUAUAUCAUCGAACUGAGAGUAGAAUUACUCAAGAAGCGAAUGUGGUAUUUAAAAUGCCAAUAACUUAAUGAAAUAUAUCACGCAAUUAAAAAUAAAGUCGUCUUAAAUAAAUUGCAUUCAUGGAUAACGAUCCAGCUAGCUCUUCCAAGAUGAAACAAGGAUUCCGCAUGAAAUGGUACCUGAAACGCUACCUAAAUAAAACAACCCUAUUUGCCACAAUGCUCUUCCUGUGUUGCACCUAUUUCUUUCUUCAAGUGUCCUCCAAAAGUCCCCAAGGCCUUGCCAUCACCACUGUGGUUGCUCCUUCCACCGAAGAAGCGACAUGGGAUCCCGUCAAUGACAACAUGAUCAUCACCAGCAAUGUCUUCAAUAAUAUGGCUCUACGCAACCAGAUGCUUCGACGAAAAGUAGAGAAACUAAAGAAAAACUUUCAGAUGCCCCGCAGCGUACCAGUUUCGAGCCGUGCGGGUAUCAAACCAAAUUAUAGGGUACACAUCUUCUACUACGCCUGGUACGGGAAUAUAGAGUACGAUGGUUCAUUCAAGCACUGGAAUCACUCGUUCGUCCCGAAUUGGAAAAAUGAAGACCAUCGUGUAUAUCCAACUGGAUCACACGGGGCUCCAAACGACAUUGGAAGUAAUUACUACCCAGCGCUAGGAUGUUACAGCUCUAAGGAUCCUAAAACUAUUAACACGCACAUGAAGCAAAUGCGGGACGCUGGAAUCGGUGUAUUGGUACUGUCAUGGUCGCCACCAAACUAUCCGGAUAGUCCUGACGCAUUGAUUGAUUUAUUAUUUGAUUCAGCGGCGAAGUACGACCUUAAAAUUGCGCUGCACAUAGAGCCAUAUCCCGCCAGACAUCCUGCUAACCUGCGAAGUUACUUGAGGGACUUCCUCAACAGAUUCGGCCAACAUCCGGCCCUGUAUAAAACACGCAAACCUUUCGGCGAGAAAGAUCUUCCAGUCUUUUACGUGUACGAUUCCUAUCUGAUUCCGGAUUAUGUAUGGCGCGAUCUGCUCGGCAAGAAAGGCAAGCUCAGUGUUCGCGAUACAGACUUAGAUGCCAUUUUCAUAGGGUUGUUAGUUGAUUUAAGCCAUAGAACACACAUCAAGAAGUCGCACUUUGAUGGAUUCUAUACAUAUUUCGCAGCAAAUAGUUUCUCCUAUGGUAGCACCUGGAAGAAUUGGAAAACCCUGUCCAGAUAUGCAAAACAAAAUAAUCUAGUAUUCAGUCCAUCUGUGGGGCCUGGAUAUAUAGAUACCAAUAUUAGACCGUGGAACGCACAAAAUAGCCGUCACCGCCGCCAUGGACAAUACUACGAUGUUGGUUGGAGGACAGCAUUAAGCGCUGGCACGCCGUACAUUUCCAUCACUAGUUUCAACGAAUGGCAUGAAGGCACUCAAAUUGAACCAGCCCAGAGCAAAUCGAAUGGUGGCUUCCCGUAUCUCGAUUACGCGCCGGAAGGUCAGAUGUUUUACAUCAAUCUGACCCAGUUCUGGGUGGAGCAAUACGAGAAAGUGCUCAAAUUGGGCAUUUACAAGGAAUAAAAUAAUUUCGAAACUCUUCGUCUACCUGCAUGUACAUCCAACCAAACAAUACAAAACGUACCAAUCUAAACGUAAUGUCCAACUCUUGUAAAUAUGACUGUGAUACGUGUUAUUCGAGAAAACGAGGUAUAUCAAAAAUUUCAAUAUUAUAUGUAAGAUAUUAUUUACAUAGCAAUAAUAGACUGCAUGUUUUGUUGUUCUUUGCGAUACUAAGGUUGCAUAUCUUCGACGGACUAACUAUGUAGCUGUUUAGGAUUAGACUACUGGAAAAUUGCCAAACCACCCUGUUAGUUGUUACAAUAAUGUUAUAAUAUAAUACAUAAAAUGAUUGUACUUGCGUUUCUGUAUUCUGUAUGUUAUGAAAGUAUAAAAGAUACCAACUUAAAUCAAA